AAUUUUAAUAUUAAGGUUCAUAGUUACAGUGAAUUUCAAACAGUAACAAAAUAAGAGAUGAAGUUUUUGUGUACAAUUUUGCUAAUGAUCCUGAUAAAUGGAUAUUCUGCAAAAAAAUGUUUCUUUGUUGGCUCAAAAAUCAAUUCUCAUGACAAAAACCAUGAUCAUGGCAAUCGCAAGACAACAACACAAGCUACGACUACAACAACAAGUUGUGCAAAUACAACAGAUCCAUUCGAAAAUAUGCUUUCAUUUAAUGCAUCAGAUGUGGCUAACAUCAAGUUGGAACUAAUGUCAGCAAUGCCAAAUUUGACUCAAAAUGAAUUUGAUGAAAUUGUGUCUGCCAUGAAUAUUAUAUAUACUUUAUUCACACAAUUACCAACUGCUUUGUCAUCAGAAAUUAACAGCAUUAUUUACACAGCUUACAUCACAGGAACUCUUAAUUCAACUGCACUUGCAAAUAUUUCUACAAUUUUAUCAUCAUCAAGUCUACAAAUUAGUCAGACACAAAUUCAAAGUAUCUUGUCUGCAAUUCAACUUUUGUAUGGAGUAGCUUCUAAUCUACCAAUUGGAGUUGUUAUCGACAUAUCCACGAUAACAGCUAGUGUAUCUGGGAUUAUUUUACCACCUCAACUGCCACCAUUCCAAAAUAUGUCAACAUUUAAUGCAACAGUAACUGAAAAUAUUAAGGCAGAAUUAGCAGAAAUUACAACCAUGACUGCAAAUCAACAAGAAUACUUGAUUGCUCAAAUAAAUACUAUCUAUACAGUGGUUUUACAACUUCCAGCUAGUGCAUCAGCAACAAUUUUCAAUACAUUUAUAAGUGCUUUUGUUACUGGAUCCACAUCACUUGACGCAGCGUCUAUAGCAACUAUUGAAUCGGAUUUAUUAGCAUCACUUCCAAAUUUGACUACAACUCAGUUGAAAAGUGUAACUAGCGCCUUAAAAUUCAUGUUUGAAAGUUCAUCAACACUUCCAAUCAGUUCUGUUAUGAAAAUCCUUGAAAUUGUUGGUUCUGCAUCUGGAAUUGUAUUGCCUUUAACCACUCUGAUUUUUCCAGCUCCAUUCGAAAAUAUGUCCACGUUUGACUCAUCAUAUGUUUCAAGCAUCAAACAGGAAUUUUCAUCAGAAAUAUCGAAUUUUACCUCAGAACAAUUGGACUUCGUCAUUAAUGAAGUGAACAUCCUUUACACUAUAGCUUUACGCUUAAACAAUGAUUCAAUUGCAGCUAUUCAGGAUAUAGCAUUUAAUGCAGCAAUUUCUGGUGAGACUUAUCUUGAUUCCUCAGCAUUGUCUGAAAUUAGCUCUGAAAUAUCAGCAGCACUUCCGGAUAUCACAAAAGAGCAAAUGAAUGUCAUUAUAUUUGCAAUGAGGUUCCUUUAUGAACUUGCAAUGUUUUUACCAAUUAAUACUCUAAACGACAUUCUUGAAUUAGCAUCUAAAGGAUCUGGAAUUUAUGUGCCACCUCCAGUACCUCCAUUUGAUAAUAUAGUCUCACUGGAUCCAACAGCUCUUCUGGAAAUUAAGGACAUCUUGCAAUCUGCAUUCCCAAACUCUACACAAACUCAAUUGGAUUCUAUGAUAUCAAACUUAAAUAUAUUCACUACUAUUUAUAAUCAGCUUCCAAUUCAAACGAUUACCACAAUUAAGAAUGUUGUUCAUAGUGCAGUAGUCACACGUAAUUCAGCAUUUGAUUCUCAAACACUUUCAAACAUUACUAAUGAACUAAAAGCAGCUAUUCCAAAUCUUAAUCAAACUCAAAUAGGCAGCAUUCUAAGUUCGGCAAAAGCUUUAUAUGACGUAAGUCAUGAUUUGCCUUUCGAUAAAUUUUUUGCUAUUGCAUCAAUCGUCACAAAUAGUUCAAGUAUUGCUGUAACGCUACGUCCACCACCAUUUGACAAUUUGAAAACUUUUGACAGCACAACUACAGCAAGCAUCGAAGAACAGUUAAGAGCCGGAAUUCCAACAAUUGUUCAAUUUCAAAUGGACAUUAUUGUUUCUCAGUUAAAUGUUCUAUACACUGUGGCUGCACAAUUACCUAUUAGUGUAGUAUCAAACAUAAAUGACGUGAUUUUCAAUGAAUUCAUCUCACUAGCUCCGAACCUUGAUGCUGCAACUCUUAACACCAUCGAUACAGAAAUAACAUCAGUCCUUCCAAAUCUUACGAGCUAUCAACGGUUUACUAUUCUUCUUGCAGCCAAAGUUUUGUAUGUUGUUGCUUAUUAUUUUCCAAUAAGUGUGCUUAGCAAUAUUGCUAAUAUUACAGCAUAUGCAUCGAAUAUUCAUUUGAAUGAACCUCUUGAUAUAGUUCCACUUGAUAGUGCAAAUAUUGCUUCAAUUACUGAGAAUUUAAUUGCUGGAAUUCCUAGCAUUACUCAAAGUCAAAUAGAUAGUGCAAUCAAUGAUAUCAAUGUGUUGUAUACUAUUUACACACAAUUGCCAGUUGAAUCGAUCUCACAACUGAAUGACUUGGCUUAUAAUGUGAGCUUAACAGCAUCUUCAUCACUUGAUCCCGUAGGAAAUUCAAAUAUUACGGAAAUCAUUAAAGCAGCACUUCCAAAUGUCACAAAUUAUCAAAUGUCUACCGUACUUAAUGCUAUUAAUAAUUUGAGUCAAGUGGCUGGCUUACUUCCAUUGAACAUAUUAAUUAAUAUUACGGGAAUCCUUACAUCACCAUCGGGUUUCAAUUUGCCGCUACCUGUUGCACCAUUUGACAAUAUGCUAACCUUUAGUACAGCAACUACAACAAGCAUUAAGGAUGAAAUAUUAGCAGCAAUACCAUCAAUUUUAUUGCAUCAACAAGAAUACAUAAUAUUCCAAAUGAAUAUCGCAUAUACUGUUGCUUCACAGCUCCCAAUAAGUGCUAUAACUACUAUCAAUAACCUGGUUUUUGCCGAAUUCUUCUAUUCAUCACCAUACCUUGAUGCAUCGACUGUUACAAAUAUUACAAAUGAUAUCUCAACAUCACUUCCAACUAUUGAUCCAAGACAAUUGAAAAGUUUUGUGAACGCAAUCGAAUAUUUGUAUGUAAUGUCAACUCCUUUGCAAUUAAGUAAUAUUAUUAGCAUCUACUCAUAUGCUGGAACUGAAUCAAACAUUACCGGACCAUUACCAGUAAUACCUCCUGUAUUCAAGGAUACUACAGAUUUUACCCCAUCAGUUAUAGCAUCUAUUGUGGACAUCUUAUCAGAAGCUUUCACAGAAACAUUUUCAUUCUCACCUUCAACAACUGAAUUAGAAUCAAUCAUCUAUUCUUUGAAUAGUGUUUAUAAUGUAGCACAACGUGUACCAAUCAAUACAUCAACAGCUAUCCAGGAAAUUUUAUACAAUUUAUUUAUGACUCGUGUAGGUUAUAUUGAUGCCUCGGCUACAGCAAAUAUCACACAAGAAUUACAAUCAGCACUUCCAAAUCUUAACAUUUAUCAAAGUAUGAUGAUUUCAAGUUCAUUUCAAAUAAUAUUUAACUACGCCAACUUAUUGCCAAUCAAUGAUGUUUUAAAAAUUUCUGUGAUUACUGCUAAUGCUUCUAAUAUUGCUUUACCAUCUCCAAGUCCUAUUCUCGUCCAACCAAUACCUGAUGAUGAAGCUGUAGAUAAUAUUACAGCUUUAAUAAAAGCUAUGCAUCCAGACGUCACUAUGUUGCAAAUGAAUGAUAUCGUAUAUCAAAUAGAUUUAAUUUAUACUGUAGCUAAAAUGCUUCCAACUGAAGUUGUUUUAAACAUCUCAGCAAUAACCUAUUUCAAUCCAAAUGGACCACCGAUGACGUCUUCAAUCUCAGAAGCUUUACAAAAUAUAACUGGAUACGAUUCAGCAACUCAAAUUCAAAUUCAAAAUUUAUUGUUGCCCGAAGUUCCAAACUUUACAAUAAGUCAGAUUAAUGAUGUCAUGUCAGCAAUAAACUUCCUUCAUAGUGUUGCUCGAUCAUUGAAUGCAUAUACUAUAGGCAAUAUUAUUUCUAUUGCUUAUGAUAUCAUGGGUUUAGUUGAGCCAUCAGCUUAUUAGACAUUUCGUUCAGACCCGAUUUAUCAAGCUAUAGAUUAGACAAAACAGGAAUAAUUCUAGACAUUUUAUCCAGACAUGGAACUCAUUUUUUCAAAUUUUACCGACUCUAUUGAGAAAUAUAGUUCUUUUUGACAUUGUCACUUGAGUAAACAUUAAAAUUGUCUUCUAGAAUGAAAUAAAAAGACAGUUGUGUAUGCAUCACAUCGGAAUAAUUGAAAUUUUCAUGUAAAUUUUUUUGGUGUCAACUUAAAAGGAAUUUUUGGAUUAAACUUUUAAAUAAUUUUGGUUAAAUAAUUGAAAACAAUUUUAUUUUUUUUUGGCAUGUAUCAAUAGUAGAUUACAACAAGUAACAGAAUCAUCAUAUUGAUACAAUUUUUUAAAUCUUGCAGCUUAAAAAACUAAAUUGAGUCCUCAAUUUGAGAAAUCGCCAUUAUUUUGAGAAUGAAUAAAUGAUUUUUGUACUGAAUUUCAGGUUCUGAUCAGUUAAUUGUUAUUGCGUGUUUGGUAGGUGUCUUUGUGGAAUACAGUGACAUCCUUAAAGAACAUGUUGUCAACAACGAAUCCAUUAACAUCGAUGAUAUUGCGAUCUAAUGGGAAGCCCAUGGCACGUUUGUCAAGGAUACCAUUUCCAUUUCCAAUGUUCUUGUUUCCAUCAUUGCAGUUAUACAUCUUUACUCCUUGAUGGUUACACCAGACCUUGUUGUUGUUGCCAUUCCAAUUAUUUUCAUAUUUAUUAAUAUGAUUCUUGUACAUAUUUUGGAUCAUAUUCUUGAAGUCAUCUUUGUUCAUCCACUUUUUGUUCUGUCCACGGUUUUGUUCUUGAUUUCCUUGAUUGAUCAUGUUCAUCAAUGUCUUCAUGUUGUUAUUCUUAUUAUACUUUCUAUUUAAGUUUCUAUAAUUCCAGUCAUACCCACGACGGUCAGUUGAUUCAUUUGAUUCACUUGAACUACUGCUGCUGCUGCUUGAUGAACUGGAACUUGAACUGCUUGAUGAAUCACCAUUGUUAUUUGUAUUGUCCUUGUUGAAUUUAGUCCAAUUAUUGUCAUUAAUUAAGUCAACAUUGUUUUGGUUUGUAAUAUCCAAAUCAUUGACUGUGACGAAAAUGGUGUAAUCUUGUCCACCAACUGUUCCCUUUGGUAAGAUCAAACGAUGUGGAAGUCCUUGAUUGUUGUUAUUUGUAUCGAAAUUGACAUUAAAGAGAUUCUUAUUGUUGUUAUUACAUUUUUGGUUAUUUCCAUUCAUCAUGUUCUUUGUACGAUCCAUCAAUUCCUGGAAUGUCAAUGGAUCAUCAACAACAUUCUUAAAAUCAACUGAGUUUCUGAAGAUUUUGUUUUGUCCUUGAUUCAAUUUUACAACAAUUUGGUCAAGUUCAACAAAGUUCUUGCGGUUAUCAUUCAAUUGUUGCUUGUUAUUGAUUCGUGGUCCAAGGAAGAUUCUUACUAUACCGAGUUGAUUCUUGUUUGAUUUAAGAUUGAUUUGGACUUGGAAUUGCUUGGUAUCAAUUAGACGUUGACGUACAAAGAUUUGGAAUCCAUUUCCUACUUAAACAGAGAAAAAAAUUAACGAAAUUAAUUAAACAUAAAGGUGUGAAGUAUAAAAGCAUUACCUUUAUUGUUUUGGUUGCCCAUGAUGUAUUUGUACAUGUUGAAUUGGUUAUUCAAGGUUUUGGCUUGUUUCUUCUUAUUUUGAGUAAAUUUGUUCUUGUUGAACCUUCUUUGAUUCUUCAUAUUGCGAUUAUAUCUGUUGUUAUUAUUUCGUCCUCGGUUUUGUCCUACGAAGUUUGAUUCAUUGCUUUCACUGCUUGAACUGGAACUUGACGAACUGCUGGAUGAACUACUGCUUGAACUUGAUGAUUUACUGGUUGUUGCCUUAUUAUGUCUGUUAUUUUUAUUCUUUAGAUUCAUUUGAUUUUUGCUAGCUUGCCAGUUCUUGUUAUUUUUGUUGUAUUUUUGCAUCAUUUGCUUGAUCAAAUCAUUUCUGCUUUGUUUGUGGCCAUUAUUUUCAUCAGAUCCACUUUGACUGUUUGAUUCACUUGAGCUACUCAAGCUUGAACUGUCAGAAUCGCUUGAAUCAUUCAAGUCAUCAUUGUUGUUAUUCCUGUUCUUAUUAUUGAUAGUCUUGCACAUUUGAAUGACAUUACCAUUGAAUCCAUUUGUUACAUCAGCAUCGAAAUAAUCAAAUUUGGUUUGUAAUUUUGUGACUUUAACAUUAUCGAUUUGAACUCCCUUAAAGUACAAGUCAUUCUUAUUAUAAGGAACUAAUUUGUCUCGGUAUUUAUUGACAAUAUCUGUGACACGCUUCAUGAUUUGCCAAAAGACUGGAUCACGUAAUGUAGUAUCGUGAUUACUCAUAACAGUUGUUGUGAAUCGAUUAUCAGUACGAUCAACAUUUUGGACAUAGUUUCCACCUAAUAAUAAGCGCAUGUACAUUUCUAAUUGACGGAAGUAUUGUUGAUUGACACUGUUUGGAUUUUGUUGCAACAUAUCUCCAAGAAUAUUAAUUCCAUCAUUAUCAAACAAGUUGACCUUCUUUCCAUCAGUUGUUUCAACAAAUCCUUGAUCAAUAGCUUGAAAGAAUCUUUGUUCGAAAUCACGAACCAUUUGAGUUAAUUUUCCAUUUUGGUCAGUAUUCAAUUGAUAGUUAUUCUGACGAUUCUCAAUUUGGAGACCAUUUGUGAGUUUUAAGUUUGAGAAGACUCCAUUGUCAAUAGUUCCAUCAAGAUUGAUUGCCUUUACAUUAUCCAAACCAUUUGACAACCGUUCAAGAUUGAAACGAGCGAGAAGUUGCUGCAUUUGGUAGAUAUAACGCUCACCACGACGAUUGAUCUUAUCCUUUAAUUGUUGUUCAUUAAAAUUUUGAUUCUUGUGUUGCUGGAAUGUCUCCUUAUUAUUAUUGUUAUUGUACAUUUGAUUGUCAUUGAGCAAACGUGAGUUCCCAAUUCGUGUGAAGAAGAAAUGAUUAUUUAAUCCCAUAUCUUCUGUAAAGUAAUUCAUUUGAUCUUCACCAUUAUUGUUGAACUUAUUUCCUUGAUUCUGUUGACGAAUAUUGUUAUUGAUGAUAUUCUUAAUGUCCUUAUUAUCACGUCUUGUAUUUAGCAUAUUAUUGAAUGUUGUGUAUUGUUGAUGUUUCUUGAUAUUCUGUGCAACUUGCUUCAAUUUAUUCCAGCUGUUGAUCUUAGUUUGGAUCUUAUUCAAGUCAUUAACAUUGUAAUUCUCAUCAUCAUCUUCAUCAUCCUGACCACCUAAAAUUUUAUUUGUAAAGUUUUGCAUGACAACGACUUGAUUAUUCAUAAAAUCAAUGUGUCCAUUAAGAGCCAAGUUGAUUCCAGUUUUCAUAACAUCACCAGUAAAGAAUUGUGUUGGAAGGACUUCAUAAGCUGGUGGUAAGACAAUAUUGUUCAUGAAUUGAUUGUGUUCAACAAGAAGAGUCAUCAAGUACCAGAAUUGAUAUUCAUUUAUAUUUCGACGGCACCAAAUUAGAUUCUUUGCAACUGUGUUCCAGUUUGUCAUCGUGUCAAAGAAAUCAAAGAGCACCUUAGUCGAAAGCAUAUUGCGUUCAUCUAACAUUGAGAAUUGUUGAUUACGUCUUGCAAACCAUCCAUCUUGAUAUAAAGUCAUCAAUGUGAAGACCUUGUUCAAGUUCUUGUAGUCAUUUUGAUUUUCCAAGUUUAUGGUUUGUGAAUAUUUGUGGAAGUCCUUAUCAUGUGUAUUCUGAUUUGUAUCAUCUGUCAAGUGACGAAGCAAGUUCAAGACAAACAAUUGACGCUUUGCAUCUCUUUGGUCCAAAUCAUUGCGAUUAUUGCAGUUAUUGCCAUCAUCAAAUCCUUGCAUGUUGCCUCUUCCUUGAUUGUUGUCUGCAUGGUUGCCACGAUACUUAUUCUGCUUGCCAGCUGUCACAACAGCAACGAUAAGUAGGAUCACAAAUAUUGUCUUCAUCCUUGGAGAGAGUUCCUUUAGAUGUAGCUGUACCAAUGGGAAGAUUGUU